UAACGAGAAACGGGCGAGCGAAACCGAGAGAAAACCUUUUUAUUUAUUUCCACUUGUGUCCUCAGCUGGGGCAAGCUUGUCUUCUCAAACUUCAUUUUCUUUGCGCUGAGACCGAGUCAGAAGCUGAGUCACCCGCUGCUAUAACUCGUGCAUUGAAGGGUUAACUCGCACUCGUCCGCUUCAAAUGGUAUCCGAAUCGGAGCUUAUCGGCCGCCUCCGCGAGUUCCUCCGGAGCUCCGACCUCAACACCACCACCACUGCCACCGUGCGCCGCCAGUUGGAGAGCGAUUUCGGAAUCGAUUUAUCGGAUAGGAAGGCAUUCAUAAGGGAACAGGUCGACUUGUUCCUUCAGAGCGAACACCAUCAAGAAGAAGAUGCUCACGAGGAACCACAAAACGACGACGAAGAAGAAGAUGCGGUUAAACCCGAACAAAGCCAAGCCUCUGAUUCCAAGGAACAAACUGAAGAUGAUGAUAAUAAUGAUGACGGAGUGGAAGAGAAACCGAAGCAUGCCAGGAAUGGGAAGAAUAAAGGACGAUCUAACAAGUCAGGUGAUGAGGUAGUAAAGAAAAGAGGUGGUGGUUUUUGCAAAUUGUGUAGCCUGUCUCCACAACUUCAAGAAUUCGUUGGAGCACCAGAAAUGGCUAGGACUGAGGUUGUUAAGCAAUUAUGGGCCUAUAUUAGGGAGAAAAAUUUGCAAGACACAAACAAUAGGCGAAAUAUCAUUUGCGAUGAACCUUUGCGUGCCCUUUUUGGUGUUGAUUCAAUCAACAUGUUCCAAAUGAAUAAAGCAUUGUCAAAGCAUAUCUGGCCAUUGGAAUCAAAUGAUGUUGUCCAGGUGAAGUCAGCACCAAAGGAAAAGCAGAAGAAGCAGGAAAGAGAAGAUGAUCCGGAUGAGCCAAAAAGAAAGGAAAAACGGCAGAAGGGAGGAAAAUCAGGUUUUCUUGCUCCUCUUCAGCUAUCUGAUGCCCUUGUAAACUUCCUUGGUACUGGAGAAAGUGAGUUAUCAAGAGCUGAAGUCAUAAAAAAAAUGUGGGAUUACAUAAAAGGAAACAACCUUCAGGAUCCUUCUGACAAGAGAAAAAUACUAUGUGACGAGAAGCUGAAAGAACUCUUUGAUGUGGACACCUUCAAUGGCUUCACUGUUACAAAACUGCUGGCUCCUCAUUUUAUAAAGGCAGAGCAAUGAGUUGCUUGUACAUGUUAUACGGUCAAGCAUGGGAAAGUUGGGGGAUUUUGUUUAUCAAAUUAGUUUUGGAAGGUCUUCUUUGUGUCCUUUUGCCUUUGGCAUGGUCUGCGAACAGGGGGAAUAGGAAUUAGUAAAAUGACAGAUUUUCAGUAUUUUUCUCGAAGAAUUUAAUGGUACAUGACCUUUUGCUUAGUUUUUUUAAUGUCUUGUUGUGCCACUUGGCAGUUGAAAAUUUUGUAUAUUUUUUAGUUCCUGAAGCUGCAACGAUAAUGCUGACUUCAUACUCUACAUGCAAUUUGGCGGUUGUUCGAGGGGGAUAGAUAUUCCAUAAUAUAUGAAGAAAACAAAAGUAAUUGUUAUUCCA